UGUCGGCAAUCUGUUAUGAACAUAGUAGUGAAUGUGCGUUUUGCGUGGUAUUUUCGCGUUUGGAAGCGUUAGUAAACAAUUUAUGAAAAAUUCUUCAGCAAAAAUAUGUGAAAACGAUAUUCGAAAUGGCUCUAACGCAUACACAAGGAGUAAAAAUACUAUACAAGUUAAUACUAAGGUUGAACAGGGGUUUGCCAGAAGAACUGCAGUUGAUAGGAUCGACUUACGUAAGAGAUGAAUUCAGAAGGCACAAGGACUGUAAACCGCACGAAGCCGACAUUUUUAUGACCGAGUGGACGAAUUACGCCGUUAAUUUGGCGAAACAAUUGGGAAUUAAAGGAGUCGAAAGUGCUCAUAAAUUGGGAGCAGAUUUGCCGCCAAAUCUUUUGAAUAAUUUAAGGGAUGAACAGAUUGUGCAACUAUACAAACUCAUGGAAGCCGCUGGUGGCGAAUUAGAUGAAGAGAGAACUUAAAAUUAUGAGAGACUGUAAAUGUUUAAAAUAAUAACGAAUGUGGAGGAUUUUUCAUUUAUUUAUCUUUUUAUCUAGAUUUUGUUGAGAUAGCCAAUAGAAAAUGUGA